CCUGAGGAAACCUAACAAGCAUCGCGAGCCGUGACAGCAAUCAAAUUUCGAAUUCGAAUAUUUUUUCCACUCUUUUUGUGUCCACUGUCUUCAUUCAUUCACGCGACGGCAACGGCGUUUACUCUUAAUUAUACUGCAUCGUGGGGGAAUUGUGGGCGACCGCGGAGAACGUGUCUUUCCUAAAAUAAAUAUCAACACGGCCGCGCUGCAUUCGUUUCGGGACGGGGCGGCAAGUCUGUGAUGUGUGCAUUGCAAGAUUUCGAAGGUUUUCGUGGUUGUGGGGUCGGACUGUGGUAAUUGCUGUGUGAAAUCCCAUCGCAACGGGGCGAUCGCGAGUUCGGCCAGGCCAGAACGUAUGUGCGGAAUGUUUACAUAAGGCGCGCUCGACCGAUUCACUUCCUCGAAAAGAAAUAGAAAUUACCUCAGCGGCGCAGCGGGACGUCAUGAGGAGUGACAAAUUCACUACGAGCCGUGAGUUGGACACUCGCUGAAUAUUACGAAACCCGCUCAAGAUUAGGCGAAAGAGGCGAAAAGUGUUUGGACCCUGCCCCACAGGCGACCGCCGCACCAUAACCUGAGCCCGGACUGCGCCAAAUCCGUGUCGUCGAGACCUCGAGGCUGCCCUCGGGGGCUCCGCGCUGUCUGGCCGCUGGCGGUCCGCAUACCUCACGAGUACGCAAUAUGUGAGAACAUUUUUGACACGCGAAGAAUGGAGAAAAGUGUCGCCGCCGAGUUGUUUGGCUGCCGCGAAUGUGUCUGACAUCAUUCGCGACUGUCGUCGUCCGGACAAGAAGGCCGUCAUUGUGCUCGCCGCCGCGUUUUUCUCUGCUCGAAGUUCGACCAAUCGCUCGCAAACUCGAAGGAAAAACAUGAAAGAUGUAAUUUGUCAAUUCGGGCGGCUGCAAAACGAUGUUCACAGACUGAAAUCCGAGUGUUGUGCGUGUUUUUUCUCGUCAUCGCAAUCGAUCGUUCCUAGUCCUUCAAAAAGUGCAAAUAGUUCUCGUCGCAGUUCGACUUCUGAGUUUCGGAGUCACGUAAUCUGGUCGCCAGCCCGAGCGCCUCGAUCACGACACUCCGCCAGGCCUUUUUUAUCAGAAACGUUGCCGCCGCAGAAACGAGAUAACAAACACGUCGUUCCCAAUGGAUCUUUCCGAAGCGGCCACUGCAGUGACGGAAAUUCCUCCCGAGAAUUUGGAGCAAUUCGCGCCCGCAGGAGGAGAAGGAGCGGCAGUGGCCCAGUGCACAAUCUGUCCUGACCGUGACGUUGAUCCCGUGACAGACGAAGGUCUCCCAGCAACAGUUUUGCACGGUGGCGCGGCUGCGGAGUCUGAGGUGGAAUGGAAGCAGCUUGAAGAACCGCCAAAAGCUGCCGCUGGCUCGGUAGCUGAUGUUGCACAACCCAGGAUGGCGGAUGAUUUCCUGAGCGGCGAAGCAUCCCUCGCUGCACUGAGCUUCGCUGCUCAAAAAAGCCCACUCACAAGUAAUGUCCAGUGCCAAGAAGAGCCUUCACAGCUGCCAGAGCAAGAUCCAACUACUGCCGCGAGCCCGCCGCUCGUCCCUGAAAAGACUGAAGCCACGCCACUCACGCCAGUGACAACCGACGACUCACUGAGCAGCGACGAUGCCACCGGGGACCUUUCACAAAGCAGCAACCCAGAAUGGAUAAAGUGCCAAUCGUCACCCCGGCGAUUGUCUUCUGCGUCAGCGGACUCGUCCACUGCCACAAUCAGUCCGUCGGACACACUCGCGGGGGCGUCCACAACGGACGAAUCCCUAAGCAGUGACGAGACCGCCCUUGACUUAUCACAAACCAGUUUCGAGAGUACAAAAUACCAAUCGGACCUGGAGAGUGUCAGCGUCUCAAGCAUAGUUCGCAAGACGACUGCCUGCACUCCCAGCGACUACACAGACGACCCAUCGCAGAGACGAGUGUCCUUCCCCAUGAAGGAUAGUGACCUGGUGACGGGCUACAUGGAGCCUGCCAACCCCUGGGAAUCAGCCAAUAGUGUCACAACCACAACUGAACUGAUUAACCUGUACAAAGCCUCUUGCCUUAAACACAAUACCGUUCCCCUUGAGGAGGUCGUCCGUCAUCUGGGUACGCUGGACUUUGGCAAAACCGAGCGCUGCGAGCGCCUGGAUCUCAGAGGGACUCAUCUGAGGCCAGAAGCAUGUGAGGCAUUGGAGGAAAUCCUGAAAAGAGUACAAUACCACACAAUAGACUUAACCCGCUGCAAUCUGAACGAGAAUGCUGCAUCAGCUAUUUUCGAUAUGAUUGAGUUCUACGAGUCGGCCGUCGAGCUGGACAUGUCCGAGAACCCGCCGUUUUCGUCAGCUGGAUGGCAGUCGUGCAUCAGCAUGAUGCGGAAGAGCCGCGACCUGCGGGUCAUCACUCUUCGCGGCAAUCCCGUGUCGGAGAUGCAAGCAACGAAUUUGGGCAAAGCAAUAAACAUGUCGAAUUUACACACUCUCAAGCUGGAACAUUGCGGACUCACGGGGCGACCGCUGGCGUCGUUAUGUAACACAUUACGGAACAACAAAACAUUGAGAGAACUCUGGCUAGCUAAUAACGAUCUUUACUGCCGCGAUGCUGACAAAAUUGCAGAUUUACUCAAAGCCAAUCCUCACAUACAAUUUUUGGAUAUUAGCAACAACAAUCUUAAGGAUACUGGCAUGAAAAGCAUUGCUGCUGCUUUAAUGGAGCAGGCUAAGAACAUUAACGAAGAAAAGUUGAAAGGGAUCGAUCCUAAUAAGACCCAAAGACAAGGAAGCCAAGAGAGAGAUGAAAGUGUUUCGUGGAGAAAUAAUAUUGUUGAAAGCUCAACGAAUGGAAGUCGAUCUAUGUUAGAUGCUUUGCUCCAGAUGCAGCCUGAUGAGUGCAAGGAACCAGUACAAACCAUAACUCCGAUAAGUAACAACAAUAUCCGCAAGGAGAAUAAAGUAGAACUAACAAUUGGAAGUAAUAAAAUCCCCGAAACGGAAGUGAAAUCGGACAUCAAAACAGAAAAGCUUGAAUCUAUCUCUGAACAUAUAAAAUCAAGUCAUGAGGAUAUUGAAAUCAUGGUCAGUUUUGCCGACACGGAUGAAAUGGCGGCACAAAAAGAUGACCAGAAGCUAACAACAAAUAAUAACACGGUGAAAGACGAAAUCGCUGAUACGACUUUGUCUGAUGAAUCACAGAAAAGGAUAAAGACCUAUGACUUGAAUGAAAAUAAGGGAAAUGCCGACAAUGAGUCUUUACUGAUAAAUAUACUCGGCGACACCAAUAUCAAAGAGACUUGUUCAAGCCGAUCACCAAUGAGCAGCAGCCCCAUGCUGUUCAGUAGGCCGUCGUCAGUCGAAGAACUUGAAAGACGGUUUAAGGAAGACGCGGCAGCCUACACAACACGAUCUCAAAGUUGCGACAGCUUAAGCAGUGAUAAUUCCCUAGACGCUAUGGAAACCCAUCUUUCGGCCGAGAUUAAAGAGAAAAUCACAAAAAAUGAUACAUUAGGUAGACAACAGAAAAUGAAUCAAAAUAAUGAAAAUCUAGUUGAUAACAAUUUGAAACCACCGCGUGGCCUUCAAGCAUUGAUUUUAUGGAAUAAUAAUUUAACGCGUACGUCCGGUGAAUAUGUAGCGGACAUGAUAGAAAGCACCAAUUCCUUGGAAAUAUUAAAUAUUGGCAAGAACACGUUAAGCAAUGAAUUCAUACAGAAGAUAAGCAAUAGUCUAAAAUACAAUACGACUCUAACUAGUUUAGGAUUACAAAGUUCUCACUUGAGUUCGGUGGGAAUUAAAACAUUGGCUGAUGUCCUGUCGUUCGGCGGUAACAACAAAUUGGAGCGUAUCGAUAUCCGCGAUAAUAACGUCCAAGUGGAUGGUCUUAUGGCGCUAUGUGAUGCUCUCAAAUCAAAUAAAUGCAUCACUCAAAUUGAUAUCGAUGAUGAACCGAAAAGAUUUCAGGAUGACGGUGACGGGCAGUUCCACUAUUCCAAAUACCUCAACACUGUUCGAGGACUGUUUGCUAGGAACCAAUUAUCGCACGGAGUGCCUAAAAUCCGAAGCUCUCGGAAAAUAUCCCUUACUUGCCAAAGUAUUCAUACACCUACCGUAAAGAAUAUCUUACAGGGUGAAACUCUUGACCCGCGAAAGAAAACAAGACUUCGAUCGCCACUACCCAGCCCGCAAACAGGAUCACCCUCGUCAUCUCCUAUUCCAAGUCCUUCUCGUGGCAAUCGCUUCCAAGUAUCUCGAGUAUCAGAAAACAACAAAAUAACGCCGGCUUUAUCGCCACGUUUAGAUAGCAAACCUAACGAGCCAUUAAGAAGUAGUCCUUCGCCAACGUCGAGAUUUAGAGUAACAAUAGUGCAGGGCGAUGAUUUCAAUAAGAAAGUGAGAACGGGAUCGACCGGACCGCCACCUAGUUUAUUAAAUGCGAAGAGUUUGGAUGAAAAGCCGGCACCAGUUAAAAAUGGUACGAAUAAUCUUCAGUUCGUCUUUCCAGAUAUUGCAAAAAUGAAAUCUUCUAACGUGGAUGAAGGUACUCAAACUGAUUUAGAUAAAGUCUUAAUAGUUGAAGAUCCAGAUCCCCUGCUUAUUAAGGAACCUGUAAAAACAAUCAAUGAAAAAUCGCCAGAUUCUUCUAUUCAACCACCUCACAAAAUAGAAAUCGAGCAUAUAAGUGAUGCCCCAAUCGAAAAAGCCACCGAACCAGUCAUCCCAAAGCCUACGAACUCAUUCACCGACAAGCCUAUAGAAUUAGCCCUUGAUAAACCUAAGCAAAGUGUUAAUAAUCAAAUCAAAGAACCAAUUGUCGAGAAAGCCAGAGAACCAGUUAUUGGAAAGCCACAAGAAUGCGCCGCUUUUGAUGCCUCCACAUCUUCAGCACCUACUAACGUACACACUGUGCCCGCACCUCCAAUGGAUGCUUCGGAUAUCCCAAUAUUCGUGGGAACCGAGACGAUCCCAUCUGAAGCAAAAUCGAAAAGUGUAAAGACAAUUCGAAAAUCAUCGUGGAAUACGAAUCCUACAGUUGAGAAGCUCUUUACAUUCUUUCAGAACGGUGCAGCCUACUUUAAUCGAUCGAAUUCAAACGAGAGCGAUAACAAAGCAUCGGAAUCUUCUGAUAGUUUGAAUAGUCUAGUUGAUGGUCGCACUCGACAUUCCGGCUCUAGCGACGGAAAAGGCCAAACGACACUUAUACCCACAGCACCGGAUGUUCAGGUUCGAGAGCAGAUUACAAGCAAAACACAAUCACUUUUGGAAGCGGCCUCGAAACAAUUCAAAGAAAUCAAGACAGUACUUAAGCAAAACAUAACACCAACUCAGUCCAUUCAGCAGUUGCCUUCAACACCUUUACCACUCUCCGAAACUCCGAAUACAGCGACGGAGGAGUCGCCCUCGGUGAUUAUAAUAGCGGACGCAACCAGUAUGCACCCCGUGCAAGAGAGUUCUGAACGCAGUGCUGCUGAUAUUGAUAUAGAAAUUAAGGAGAAUAUUUCUCCACUGCAGCAGCAUCCGUUGAACUCUCCACCUUGUGUACAUAGUAAUGAAGUAGCGAAUUCAGAUAAAAUCUUAAAAUUAGAGAACAGUAGCCAAGUUGCAGUAGAUUUAGGCGACAAGCUAAACUCUUCAGACAUGUCGAUGGCGACACAAUCACAAACCGCGCAAUUGGGCACGAUGCAAGGCAAUGAGAGCACGAUAUCUAAGUAACUUAACACUAACCUUUUUGUAUUGAUUCACUGUGUAAAGUUCAGAUAAUCGUUUCCCGUCUCCCCAAAACGCGUAUUAGCUGCGGCCUUGGAGGCAGUGUGAUGCGGACGCGGCGUAGAGCUGCGUCCAUUUCGGUUAGUUAAUACUUACUGAAAACUUAAAAAGUGUACUCAAACGUUUUCCUCGGUUGUAUAAUUUUUACUGAUUUGAGAUUUCUGCGAGAGCGAUUAUCCAACAAGUCGGCGGAGUGACAAGCAAAAGCUACACUUAAAUACAAUAUGAUUAUGAUUAAAUUAAAAUUAACCUAUAUUUUACAAUCGAACCAGAAGUCAACUGUGAUUACUUUAUCUUUCUACAAAACAAACACUUUAAACAAACAACUUAAAACUUAACUAAUAAACGAACAACUUAAAAUAUUAUAUUAAUAUUACUGCUAUGACUACUAUCUACUAUCAAUAUACCUACAUACAUAUUAUUCGAUCACGCGCAUAUUUAAAAUUUAAACAAAAUAUAAGUAAACACAAACCCACCCACCCACUUGCAGGACCUGUUCCAUAACAUUGUUUCCUUUUUUAAUUUUGUAAUUUUGUUAUCUUACCCAAUUA